AUGCUUCUCUGGGUGUUAGCCCUCCUAAUUCUUUGUGGUUUUCUAUGGAACUAUAAAAGACAACUAAAGAUCACAGACAUCACUGAGAAGUAUAUUUUCAUUACUGGAUGUGACUCGGGCUUUGGAAACUUGGCAGCCAGAACUUUCGAUAAAAAGGGAUUUCGUGUGAUUGCUGCCUGCCUGACUGAACGGGGAUCAGCAGCGUUAAAGGCGGAGGCCUCAGACAGGCUUCACACUGUGCUUUUGGAUGUGACUGACCCAGAGAAUGUCCAGAGGACAGCCCAGUGGGUGAAACACCAAGUCGGGGAAAAAGGUCUCUGGGGUCUGAUCAAUAAUGCUGGUGUUCUGGGCGUGCUGGCUCCCACCGACUGGCUGACAGUGGAGGACUACAGAGAACCUGUAGAAGUGAACCUGUUUGGACUCAUCAAUGUGACGUUAAAUAUGCUUCCCUUGCUCAAAAAAGCUCGAGGGAGGAUUAUCAAUGUCUCCAGCAUUGGGGGUCGUCUUGCAUUUGGUGGAGGAGGCUACACUCCAUCCAAAUACGCAGUAGAAGGCUUCAAUGACAGCUUAAGACGAGACAUGAAAGUUUUCGGUGUGCACGUCUCUUGCAUCGAACCAGGAUUGUUCCAUACAGGACUAUCAGAUCCAGUAAAGUCUGCUGAGAAAAAACUUGCCAUUUGGAAGCAUCUGUCUCCAGAUAUCAAACAACAAUACGGAGAAGGUUACAUUGAAAAAGCUAUGGAAAAACUGAAAAGCACUACAUCCUUUGUGAACAUGGACCUCUCCCUGGUGGUGGAGUGCAUGGACCACGCCCUCACAAGUCUCUUCCCUAAGACCCGUUAUGCUGCUGGAAAAGAUGCCAAGACUUUCUGGAUACCUCUGUCUCACAUGCCAGCAGUUUUGCAAGACUUUUUAUUGUUGAAACAGAAUGUGGAACUGGCUAAUCCCAAGGCAGUGUGA